GGUGAUGACAAGCAACGGGUGUCCGGGGUACGCAUGGCGGGUGCAGGCCACGCUGGACGCGCCACUGCAGCAGCAACUCUCCUGCGCUGUGCCGCUCGCCCCCACGCUCGCCGCCUCCCCCACUCGCGUCGCCCUCAACGGCACCUGCAAGAUGGGCAUGGGGCCCAUCGGCUUCGCCCUCAAUGGCGUGCCCUUCUACAGUGCACGCGCUGGGUCGGGACGCCUUGCAGUACGAGGGGGCCACGUUUGA